AGAUUGACCACUCAGUGGAGUGUGGAAGACGAGGAGGAAGCAGCACGGGAACGUCGUAGAAGAGAGAGACAGCAGCAUCUGGGCAGUGAAGGACAGUCUCCAGACGACCUGGAUGAUGAGAACUGCAUGCAGACAGAUAACCAUGUGGGGCUGAAGCCAGCUGGUCCCUGGGAGACGGAGGAGGAUGAGGGAUUCAGUGACUGGUCUCAGAAAUUGGAGCAGAGGAAGCAGAGAGGAGCUGCGCAGGCCGCAGAGGAGAGAGAAGAGCCCAGAUUUACAGAGGAGGAACAGACAGAGCAGACCAGAGCCAUGGAGGAGCUUCAUACAUGCAACACAGAAGCACAGGUGGAGGAAGAAGAUGAGGGGACAACUCGUAAUGAAGAAGUAGAGGCAAAUGAUGAACCAGAAGCCUGCACAGAGGAGAUAGAAUUCGUCUCUUGGGAAAUCAGAGAAACAAACAAUGAGGAUUACAGGCCACCAAGUCCAAGAUUUCCCAAAAAAGAGGUUGAAGAUCAAGAAGAAGAGGAUGAGAGAUAUGUGCCUGCUGGACAUCAGGUACAGGUAGAGCAGUACCAGGAACAGUGGGCAUCAGAUGAAGAGAAAAUUCAGAGGCGGUCAGUGGGCAGUGAUGGGGAGGAAGGAGAUGAUGCCAUCACAGUGAAGAUAACUGAGAGAGCAGAGAUUCUGAAUCGUUCCAUCCAGAAGAGUAACAGUAUAAAGAGAAGCGAACCGCCUCUGCCAAUACACAAGAUCGAUGACCGCCUGGAACAGUACACACAUGCAAUAGAGACAUCUGGCAAACCAGGCCGCUUAGUUCGGACGCCAUCUUUAGAGAUGCUAAACCCUGCAGAUGCUGUAUCGAACAUAAAGAACCGAUGGGAGGCUGGAGAUGUCACUGCAGCCUCCAAGACAUCCCCUUGCAAGGAUACAGAGGGCAUCAACAUUGGUGUGUCAGACAUGAUUAAUCAAUGGGGUAAAGGAAAGCCAGAACCAGAUGACCAGGCAUCCCCUCCAAAACUCUCAGAAGUGACGCCAGGAGAAGUAUUGAGCAAGAAGAGCUUGUGGGAACAGGGCUCCAAGUCAGGACAAAAUAAUAAGAAUGCGACUCCCACUAAAAAGUACAAGUUUGUUCCAGUUGGACAUGGAAAAUAUGAGAAGAUCUUAGUGGACGAGCCUUGA